GUUAUCAAACAAAAGUGAGUCAUGAGUCACACACCUUAUAGUUUCUAUUUUAUUAUUUAAUUAGUCCAAUUUUCACCCUCUUAUUGGUCGCGUAUGUAUUUUUACAUACACACUUGCAUGCGUCACACCCACACACCUUAGUGAAAAUUUUAAGGGUCACGUUGUUUUAUAUAAUAAGGUGAUCAAUAUAUAUAAGAUAAGUUGAUAGAUAGAUUAUAAGCACAUUAUUUUUAUUAAUUACACACACAAAAUGAUGGAGAAAAGAAGGGGUGGAAGGAAGAAGUUCCAUGAGACAAGACACCCAAUUUACAAAGGUGUGAGACAAAGGAAUGGAAAAUGGGUGUGUGAGUUACGACAACCUAACAACAAAACUCGUAUUUGGCUUGGAACAUUUUCUCACCCCGACAUGGCAGCUAUAGCUUAUGAUGUUGCCGCUUUGGCUUUCAAAGGUGAAUCCGCUUCCUUAAAUUUCCCUCAUGCAGCUACCUCUUUGCCACGUCUUAAUUCGCGAACUUCUUCUAUUAGGUCUAUUCAGUUUGCCGCGAUGAAAGCAGCUAAGAAUCACUUUUUUACUUGUCAGGACUCAGAACCAUUCCUGACUGAAAUUGUAAGGAACGACUCUGAGUCUGUAGAUUGUCAGCUAAAUGUUUGCUUGGUGAAGUCUUUGGAAGAUUCUAGAAGCUUCUUCUGGGACGAGGAUGAGAUUUUCAAUAUGCCAGGUUUAAUAAACAGCAUGGCGGAAGGGUUGAUUAUUACACCACCGGCGUUGCAGAGAGGGUUCAAUUGGGUUGACGGAGAAUCUACCAUGGAUUUGACUCUAUGGGAAAGUUGAUCCUUUUAGCAAGUAGUUAUCCAAUUUGUAAACACUAUACACACCUUCUACAAAUUAAUUAAAGUGGAAGAUGCAAUAAUAUGAUGCAAAAUUAAUAUUUAGUGAGAAAGUGGUAUUUUAUAUAUGUGAGAGUGAAAGAGAAUUUUAUAGUUAAAAAUGUAGGACUUAGAUUUAAACAUUUAAGUGAGUCAUAUCACUUCUUCUCUUCAACCUCUAAAGAAUAUCUUAUUAUCUGUGUUGCUUCACUUGUAGUUACUUUCUCUAAUUUCAUUAUCCAAGAACUAGAUAUUAA